AUGUCUGUCACUUCAAACCACGUGUUGAUUCGAGUUGAGCAAAUGGAAGAUUUACAAUGCAGCCGACAUCCACGCGAGCUUAGGAGAUUCUUCUGUCUAACUUGUCGCACAUAUAUUUGCAUCGUAUGCACUUUUGAGGCCACGAUAGACGGCACAGGAGGAGAAUCCCCGAAAGUUUCUGGUCAUGCAGACCAUGAUAUACUGUCCAUCCGUCAGGCUGUAACAGCAUAUCAAGAUCAGCUCAGUCGAGAUAGUGCGGCAACGCAAACUCAAGUGAAUCAAAUUGAGGCUCUGUUGAGCAGCCUGCAGGUUUGUGAGAAAGAAAUGCGACGCCUGUACACAGCAAUUGAUGCCGGAGCAAAAGCGUAUAUGGAACAAAUUCAUCGGCAACAGCUACUGCUACGUGACAAAGUUAACACAGUAGUUGGUGUUCCAUUGGACAUUUUAAGUAGCGAGUGUCAUCGCUUGGCACAUGCCGCCAAUAGCUGGUAUGAAUUUUUGAAUGACGAUCAUAUCACAAGUCGUUUGGACCUGAUGGACCCUCUCGAAGCAUUGACUGAGGGUGGACCGAUGCUAGACCGUGUUGGUCAGUGCCUUCAGGCAGCAUCAGAGCCGCUCAGUCGUGAUUUGGCAAAGCAACAAUUCUUGUUCCACCUAGAAGCUGCCGAAGAGGCCGCCCAAAACGGGGACAGUGGUUUGGUCUCCAGUCAAUCCAUGUCCCCUGCAAGCAAUGCAAAUAGUAUUGAACCAGGUGAACCGGAAGAUAGCCGAACUCGGUAUUGGCGAACACGACUGGGAUUGUUCCAGCCAGGUAAACUAGACUUUGGUCGCAUUAUCACAGAGAAGGAACUGGCUGCCGAGGCCAUUGCCGAGGCAUCACGUCGUGUUUCCACGCAUGCUCAAACCGGUCCGGAACUGAUCAAGGCUUUACCACCUCCCAAAGGUGCACAACGUCAUCGGGCUGUGCAAAUCGAUUUGCUCGGUGCAAAUUUGGAGGAUCGUUCCGUUCAAACAGAUCCCGUUCAAAUUGGCAUGAACAAACAGACCAAAUUUGAUGUGGGCACGCAAUAUCAGAGUUCAGAUAUAAAUCCUCCGGUUAGCAUGUACAGGUCAAUGAAGCAAAUUCUCGUGCAAAAAUAG